AUGUACGAGAACGCUAAGACUCAAAAUAUGUUCCUGACACGGGCUCUGGAGAAGAUACUAAACGACAAGGAGACGAAAAAAUCCUAUCACCAGCAGCUUAAAAAAGCGUGCGAGGUUGCGUUAGGUAAGGAAUGACAGAUGAAAAUGCUGUCCAAUUAGAAAGUCUUGUUUCAGCGUGAAGCUUACUUCGUAGAUUCGACGUAACCUUGUCUGCGGAACAAGUUUACUAAACUUGUUUUCUAACGUGUGUGGUUAAAUUUAAGUGCAAGAAAUUCUUCUUUCGAAAACAAGUGUGAGUAGCGGAUGCCACAUCUGCAGUUGAAUUUUUCUUGUCCCAUGUCAAUUUUCCAAUUAAUGAGAGAUCUGUCGGGUAAUCCUGUGUAAACUGACGUUUUCGUUAGACGUAAAGAGCGAUCUUAUCACCCUUGGUCGAUCAACGUUCAUUUAAUGGUAGGAAGGUGAAUUUCUCGUCACGCUCUGAUCGUUCUUGGUUCUAGAAAUACACAUAUUUUGCUUAAAUAUGUUUAGUCCACCUAACUUUGCAAUUAAUUUUCAUAUGAGAAAAUUUUAAAAUGAAUUGCUUACUUUGGGGAGGCUAAAUCUUUGCUAAAAUGCAGACGGAACAGAAAAAGAUCAAUAUCGAUCGUAAAGGCUACCUAUUACUGCUGUUUGAAAUGUACUUGUCAUCAAUUUCAAAGCAAAUAACGUUCAGUUCACUAUUACCGUUUAAUUUGAAUCAGGUGAAAUUAUGUUAUUGAAAUUUGUGCGUAUGGUCAGGUGGACAUUCAUGCAAAUUAUGAUAGACGAAAAAUAUUUUCUUAUAAUUAUUUUACACUGAGCAUUAAACUCAUGAUUAUGAAGUGAGAUAAUGGAUGACAGAAAAAGCUUAAUAUGUUGAAUCUUAACACCAAUUUUAAAGAUCAUGAGUUGAAAAAUUUUGGUUUUGGUGUUUUUCCAAAGGGGCUGUAUAUAAACUUAGCAACAAAGGAAGAUGUUGAUUGAAUUACAUGUUGCAUUAGAUGGUUUUCUAUCCCUGUGUUGACAAUUUCCUCUUCAUGGCAAGUACAAGUGGAAAGGAAUAAACAGCCAGAAUCUUAAUUUUCACAGAUCUCUCUAUGUUUGUACACAGUGUCUGUGGGAGAUAAUGAAAAUGGUUUCUUGAGAAAAUUAGAACUGGAUACAACAUUUCUGAUAUUUAGAGAGAUAUUUAUGCCAUUGAUACUGAUCUGUUGUGGUGUUGGUAAACCAGAGUUGAUAUUGAAAGCAAAUGUAUGUUCAUUUUUAGAAGAGAUUCACAAAUCUCAAGGAGCUGUUAUUGCUGAUGAAAGGUAAUAUUUUUUUGUUAUCAUGGAGAAACAAGCAAAUAACUUUUGAUCAGGGAACUUAAAAGGUUUGGUUUAUUAAAGUGCCAAUAAGUUAUUUAGAAAAUAUUGAGGGGAAUGCUAAAGUUGAAAACAGCUGCUGUAUGAAUACAAUAUUGACCUUAAAAGUUAGAAGAAAUAUAUUGUAAUUAUUAAUCACUAAUCACAAAGAUACUUCUUGAAACUCCUAGACUAUGCUUUAAUUUUCUGCAGCUCUAUGACUACUGAAAAUUUUUCUUUAUAUGGAAAAGUCAAUUCACACUAUAUUUACUGUAUACAAAUACUGCUGUGAUCAUACCAAAAUAAGAAAAAACAUUUAUGUACAAUGAUAUCAUCACCACAUCACAGUCUAACCAAUUUCCAACAAGACAUCUUAGGAAAUAGGUUGACUCCAGGACAAAAUCUGAGUAUUUCAACAGACUCCAGUGCAGCAAUAAUUUGGCUACUGUACCUCUCACUUUGACUAGUGUGAGUUGUACCUAAUUACCUGUUUAGUAAUAAGCACAAUUUUUUUUGUUUGUGUACUCAGUGAUGGGAGUCCAUCAUCAGCUCUACCUCCUCCUAAAGGAAAGCAGCCUUUCAUUGAAGCAGACAAAUAUUUCCUUCCGUUUGAACUUGCCUGUAAAUCAAAGUGUCCUCGCAUUAUUGUUGCAUCUCUUGACUGUCUACAGGUAUUGUAACCUUUACAGUAUUUUGUGCACAUUGCCUGUUAGUGGUUACUUGUCAUUUUUUUGCUAUAAUCAUUGCAUAGGUUGAAACUAGUUAAAAUUGAUUCUGACUCUUGUAUUAAGGACACAAUUCUAUCACAAGCAUACUGAUUAUCAAAAUAAAAAUAAAUAGUCACCUAGAGCAAGGUUUUCCCGCAUCAUGAACCCUUUUCAGUGUGACAGCAAUUUAUCAUCUAAUGUGUUUUGGUCUCAAUAUGGAAUAUGUCAGGGAUAUAUUAUUUAAAAAUAAACAGUCUUUUCUAUAUUCUUAAUCUUUUUUUUUACCAGAAACUCAUUGCCUAUGGACAUCUUGCUGGUGAUAUCCCAGACAGUACUGAUCCUAACAAAAAGCUUUUGGACCGUAUAGUGGAGACAAUCUGUGGCUGUUUUGUUGGAGUUCAAACUGAUGAAGGAGUCCAGCUUCAGAUAAUCAAGGUGAGAGUUGACUUACACACUUGUGUUUCAUUCAAGAUUUUUUGAAAACAUUAUUUUCUUGCAACUUAGAUUAAGAUACCUAGUUUUUAUUGGCAAAUCACAAUCAAAGAUAUUCUGAAGUCAAAGUGUUCUUUGGAAGCCAAGUUUCUUGUGCUCACUAUCUAUAAGAAUAUUUGUAUUAAUUUGGGUAUUUGCUAUACAGCUAUUCACUUAUUGCUAUGAAAACUGUGUUAAGCUUUAGCAGUGAUUGGCCACUACAUUCCAUCUUGACUAACCUUCGACUAGAACAAUUUUAUGUUCUUGACAAUGUACAAGUACUCUCAUGCAUAUUAUUUAUUAAUUUCCACUGUUAAUUAUGGAAACAUGUGUUAACAAAAACUGUGUGCUAUGUAUUUUACCUGUAGGCUUUACUUACUGCUGUCACCUCCAACUCUUGUGAGGUUCACGAGGGCACCCUCCUUCUGGCUGUGAGAACUUGUUACAAUAUUUACUUGGCCAGCCGCAAUCUUACGAACCAAAGAACAGCUCAGGCCACCCUUAGUCAGAUGAUAAGUGUAAUCUUUCAAAGGAUGGAGGCACAAGCGGUAAACAGAAAUGAUGAGUUGUUUACUGUGGAAGGAAACCAGCUAUGAAUACUAGCUAUACAUGUACCUUAAAUUUUGAAACUGAGGAUGAGUAUUUCAUUAAAAUGUAAAGACUCAAUGAAGAGUAUAAUCUGUGUUUAGGAUGAGAUGAUAGUGAUUGGUAUACAUACAUGUAUGGUGCUGGAUGCAGAAAGUCAGUUUUAGAGGUAGUUCAUCCUCUUGGCUAGAAUCACACUUACUUGUACUGUAGUAAAUAAUCUUAGUCAAUAGAUCCAAGAGGGUUGGCAGGAAUUAACAGUUAAUUUUUUUGUGUGAUUCCCCAGGCUUUAUGGUCAAGGUUACCAGCAAAUUUUUUUGGCUCAAUUAUUGAUGAAGUAUCUGGAUUGGGACUGAUUAGGGUUUAAAUCUUUACCUUGAACUCAUUAAAUGUGUUACAAAUAGUGUGUAAUAUCUCUUUAUUUUUUUUAAAUUUUAGGCUGCUGAAGAAGAAUUGAAAAAUUCUCAGCCUGAAGAAGAGGGUGUUCAAACAGCUUCAACACCUACACCAACUGAAACAACAGAUGAAAAAGAACUUGAUAGACCCUCCACUGAGGCAUCAAACUCACAUGAGCAUGAAACAGACUCUGUGGUGGAAGGUCAGGAACCAAAGAGUGCACACAGUGACAUUAGUAGGAUAGAGGGAGGGGUGGAUAGACCUGACAUUGAUGUGGAUGAAGGUGUUGAUCUGCAGGGUAAGUAAAUAUGUUACGUUUUUAGUCAAAUGACAUUAUACACUUUGUCAAUGGCUGUGAUCUAUUAGAAUUUUUUUUAUGACAUUAUAAGGGACAAUGUUCGAGAGGAGUUUUUUAUUACAACAUUCAAGCAAUGAUGUUUGAGAGGUGUGUUUUCUGUUUUCUGUUUUCUGUUUUCUGACUGUAAUAAAUUUUUUACUCUUCAGCUGAUGAUCAACUUGAUGACAGUACUAAAGAAUCUUCACCAGAGGGAAAAGAAGAGACAGAAGCAUCCUCUAAUCCUGAGGGGGGAGAUGACAGUAUAGUUGAGUCCACUGAGCAGCCAGGGGAGAGUAAAGAAGGAACAACGUUUGAAAUGUUUGCUGGAAAUGUCCCUCUGAACGGUAUAGAUGACCACACAGCAGAAGAAAAGCAGGAUGAAAAAAGUGCUGAUAAUACACCUGGUGAUAGAGAUGGAGAUUCUGUUAAGGUACUGUGCAUGUAUGGAAUGAAAUGACAUAUCUUCAUAGUGACUUACAAGGAGUAAUAAUUUGUUUACUUUUUGCCACUGAAAGAAUUUAUUUACUUUGCCUUUGUCAGGUUGAGGAACCAAGUCAGGUUGAGUCAGAAAAUCCAUCAGGUAUUUGAAUUAUUUAUUGAUUGGAUAACUUUGUAAUGUGUAGGGCAAUAUCAGAGAAGUUCAGAGCAGUUUGGUUCUUUAAGAACAUUAUUUUGUCAUUUUGUUUGUCUGUUUUUUUUUUUAAUACCUCCUGUACAUGUCGUAAAAACAUUUUGCUUGGUUUUGAUACUAGAUCAGAGCAUUCUAUCAAAUGGAGAAAUCAGCGAAAGCAGUCCAGAAAAAACAAAUCCAAAUGGAAUUUCACAUGAUGACCUUAAUCCACCUCCCACACCAACUGAAACAUCAUCAACCAUGUCAGAUGAGCUGGGUGACACCCACAGUGAGUCAGGAACUGAGGCAGAAGGAAGUGCAUCAUCAACGUCUCUUAACAGUCAAGCUGGUGGCCCUGUCAAGUUCUCCCAUGUCUCUCAGAAAGAUGCAUUUCUGGUGUUCAGGUCACUGUGUAAGCUUUCAAUGAAACCGUUGUCAGAUGCACCUUUAGAUCCUAAGUAAGUGGUCAUGGGCUUUUGUUGUUUUAUUACUUUGUCCCUUAUAAAGACAUUUAUUUAUGACAAGUAGGGCAUUACUGCUGCACAUGUAUAUGUAGCUUGUCUUGGUUUCUGUACUCUUCCUAGAAGGGGAUGUUUGUCUUACUCAGAUAAUUUUCUUUCCCCCCCUCCUUCUUCCUAAGCAAUUUUUCAAGUCUUCCUUGGAGUUUUCUGGUACCCAUAUUAUACAUGUACUCCUGCCCUGUAGGUUAUUUGUCCACACCAUUAGAAAACAGUAAGGAAGGUUUAAAGCUGGACUAAAACAUCUUAAAAGUGGUUGCCAAGAGGCUGGUAGGGUGUACUUCACAACAGGAGACCCUGCUCUUGGUAGGACACUUAACUCUCCCAGUGGUGCCUCUGUGAUGUAUUUUUUAAGUAUUCUUAAUCUAUUUUGUCUUUCUUGUGUGUGUCUUUAGGUCUCACGAGCUACGAUCCAAGAUUCUGUCCCUAGAGUUGAUGUUGUCUUGUCUUCAGAAUGCAGGCCCUGUGUUCUGUUCUCAUGAGAUGUUUGUAACAGCCAUCAAACAAUACCUUUGUGUAGCUUUGUCCAAAAAUGGUGUUUCUUCUGUUCCUGCUGUAUUUGAACUUUCGCUUGCCAUCUUCUUAACUUUGCUGUCAUCAUUCAAGACACAUCUCAAGAUGCAAAUAGAGGUUAAACUACUUUGAGUUUCUAAAUAUUAAAUGAAGUUGUUAGAGUCUUUCUUCUCUUACAUUUCAAGGGAUUUUCCAUAGGGGAGGGGGGGGUUUCUGUACUCGAGCAUCUUACCAGUAUUUGAGGAUGAGUAUGCCAGGCAGAUUAGAUUAGGCAUUAUUUUAGAUUCAUACUAAUUUUGUUAAGAUUUGAUAAGUGUUGGCUGGUUCUUUCAUCAGUCCUACACUCUAUCCAUUUAUCUAGUCUAUACUUGUUGCAUUCUUUUGUUUUUUUGAACUAUUCUUUUUUCUUUAAAAUUGCUUGAGUUGCAAUCAGUAAUGUACUCUCUGUCUGUCUUAAUUGAAGGUGUUCUUUAAAGAAAUCUUUCUGAAUAUCUUGGAGACAUCAACAAGUUCAUUUCAACACAAAUGGAUGGUGAUGCAGGCUUUGACACGAAUAUGUUCAGGUGGGAAUAAAUUUGUUGCAGUGUGAUGAAAGAUUCAAGUCAAAAUGAUUUUAAACCAGUAAAUCAUUCUCAUCUGGUUUUAUUUGUAUUUUUCUUUGUUCUAGAGAUUUUAUCAUAAUUUGUAAAUGAAAGAAAAAUACUAUUAAACUUUUUGUGAAAUAAUUUUUAAAUCCUAUUUAUCUUUUAGAUGCUCAGUGUGUUGUUGAUAUUUACCUGAACUAUGACUGUGACCUUUCAUUGUCAAACAUCUUUGAACGACUUACAAGUGACUUAGCCAAGAUUGCUCAAGGAAGACAGGCUAUAGCGUUAGCUGCUACUCCAGUAAGUUGGCUGCAAAUAUGACACACAUUUUCGUUAGCUGCUAACCUUAAUUGACUUUGAUAUCUAUUCUUGUUUAUUCAUAACUGAUUGAACCUUUUGUGGGAAUACUUGGACAAUAACUUGUGGAUAUUAUGGUCACUGUCUCACAAGUGAUAUCCUUCAAAUAUCUAUGGAUACUCCAAGGGUUACUUACACUAAGCUUGCUGAUAUAUUAUCAGUGCGGUUUUCCUCGAAAGAAAAUAAUCAAUUGGAAAGGGGAAAAGGAAAUUUUGGGCUGACUGUAACAUAUUAUCAUAGGGGUGUAGUUAAGAGCCCAGGUACAUUACAACUGUUGAGUCUGUCUCCAUAAUUCCCAGGUAUAUUUCACCUCUCAAAUUUUGAUGCUCAACUACUGUAUAGGAGAGAUAAAUGUGGCACAAAUACCUUUUUGUACAACAGGUUGAGACACAUGGAAAAUGAUAAGCACUUAUUGAAUAAAACACAUGACAGCUGAAUAUGACCAACUUGGUGACCAAUUUUUUUAUAAAAGUUAUUUGAACAAUGGUGGUGAUAGACAAGUGGUUUUUUUUUUAUAUAUUAUCAUUCUGUCUUAAUUUUUUGCCAUUGUUGUUUGCUAUGCCCAGGUGCAAGAGAAAAGUAUACGCCUGAAAGGUCUUGAAUGUUUGGUGUCCAUACUGAAGUGUAUGGUGGAGUGGAGUAGAGAACUUUAUCUCAACCCUCAUUCUCAUGUAGCUAACUCCUCAGGUGAAUCCUUUAUUCUUUAGUGAUCAGGAUUUUAUUUGCUAAACAUUAGCAGUGGUUACAUCUGAGAAAAGAUCUGGUCCAAAAUAUCAACUACAGAUGUAGAUGCAGCCUCUCUUCUUGGAGAAAUAAAACCCUGUUAAUAGACAAGUGGUGCUCAUAGUUAUUCACAGACAGUUGUUUGAGUAGGAUUAUACUGUAGCACAAACCCAAAGUAUACAACUCCAUUGUGUGUGAUUUUGUAAUCAAAAUUCAAAAUUACCUUUUGUACACCCAAGCAACUCCUGGCAAGGGGAGAUUUUAUGAGAUUACUAUUUAGAGGUUGUUGGUGUAAUUAAUUUUGAUAUUUAAUUUUUAUUAGUGUCAUUUGUUAUCUCAAAAGCAGACAGGUGUAUUAUUGUCUUUUUAAUCUAUCACAAUAAAGUAGAAAAUUCAUUAUUAUGGUGGCUUCUUCUUCUUAAUUUGUGCCCCUUCACUCUUUUUAUAACAGAUACACCAACCCCAGGGGUGAAGAGAAAAGUUAGCAUGACUGAAGCUGACUCUGAGGAGGCUGGAGGAGAUCGCAGCAGUUUAGCAGAAGAUCGCAUCAGCCUUGGUUCAGAGCUCAAAUCCUUUGGUGGAAGUCAGGGUUCUCUGAACUCCACAUCAACAACUUCAACUGUAGCACCAGACAAUCCUGAACAGUUUGAGUCUCUGAAACAAAUGAAAGGGCUGAUGGAGCAAGGAAUUGAAAAGUAAAUAACUAUAAUGCUAGAGUUAUGAGAUGUGGUUUAGAAAAAGUACUUGUGUCCUUUUGACCUCAGUUUUAGGUUACAGUGCAAACGCAACAGGAGAACUCCAUUCAUUAACAGAUAGUAUUAAAAUUGCAACCAUGUUACAUUCUUACAGGUCAAACCUUGCUCAGCAUGUGUUUGUUUGUUUGUGUUUUUCGCACCAGAUUUAAUAAGAAUCCCAAAAAAGGAGUAAAAUAUCUCCAAGAAAAUGGUCUCCUCGGAGGCACACCAGAGGAGGUUGCUGAGUUUUUACACACUGAUGAAAGAUUAGACAAAGUAUGUGGAAAUAAUUUUUUGCUGUAAUGAGUGACUGUUGAUUUUUUUAAAAUUUUUAUUUUUUUUUUCAUGUCAUACUAUUAUUGGUGAAAAAAGGAAGCAAAAAAACUUUCACUAACAAAAAUUUAUUGUUUUUUUUUUUUCAGACACAAGUAGGAGAACUCAUUGGAGACAAUGAUCUGUAUGUUCUAUGUGUUUAUUCAUUCAUACCGUGUUUUAUUUUUGUUAUGAUUCUGUGGGUUCUCUUGUAUCUAGUUUUGCUAUUCUAACAGGUUCUUCCGUCAGUUUUAUGAAGUUUACAAUUUUUUUGAUAGUGCCUUUUGUGUUGGUGUAUUGCAAUCUCUAUAUUGAUACUUUUUAUUUUCUUAGUUUUAGCAGAGAAGUGAUGUACAGUUACAUCGACAAGUUAGAUUUUACAGACCUGGACUUUGUAUCAGCGCUACGCUUGUUUCUUAAUAAUUUCCGACUUCCAGGAGAAGCUCAGAAAAUUGAUCGUCUCAUGGAGAAGUUUGCCAGUAGAUAUCUAGAAACAAACCCAACGUAAGGACAUGUAUUGCAUGUUCUUAUUCCAUUUUCUCAGUGUUCAUUGAGUAACAUGAAUGUAGAGAUAAACAGUCUCACUUACAGUAGGCAUCCCAUUUUCUGCUGAGUUAAAUUGGCAGAGCAUGGAACUGUUGUGAGGAAGGGCAGGGGUUUAGCAACGUAGCGAACCAAUCUUAGACACUGAAUUCUUCUUUGAUAAGGACAAUAAACUUUAGGCCUCAUUUUCUGCAUCUUGAAGGUUGUAUGGUCUGCAAAGGAUGUUAAUCCUUUUACUCCCAAGAUGUCAUUAGUAAUUACUUCCUACUGUCUCCCUUACAAUUCUUACGAUCUUACUUCAGAGAAUUGGUUAUUAAAUCAACUAAUAAUCUACUAAGUGAUAUUUUUCAUUCUCAUCACUUGUUUGCUUGACAUCAUAUUGAUGUCAUUAUGAGAAAUUCUGUCUUGGUCACUCAUGGGGGUUGCGGGUAAAGGGUUAAGGAACCCAUGCAAUAAUCACAAAUAGUAGGGCAUAGAGUUGCUGGUGGUCUGCCCUUUUUGUCACACUGGGUGGGGUAGGGGGAAGUAAAUACCUGCAGAUAUUGUGUCACAAAGGUACUCAAAAAUCCAUUGGUAAAUAAGGUAUUCAGAAAAGUAUUUAAAAUCUAGUCAAUAGAAGAAUCAGUACUGGCUUUUCCUUUGUCUUCUAACAUAAAAUUUUAUUUUUUCUUUAGAAACACAGUAUUUGCAAGUGCAGAUGCAGCCUAUGUUUUGGCAUACUCCAUCAUAAUGUUAACAACGGAUCUCCAUAAUUCCCAGGUAUAUGCCAUAAGUGCUUAUUAAUUGUUUCACAAUGCAUUGGGAAAAAAGGUUUCCAAUUUUUUUUUCAGGUUAUAUCCAAAAACAGCCAGAUAUGGAGGGAAGAUUUCCAGGGAGGGGGGAGGGAGGGUGUCCAAAAAAAUAUUUAUAAUAAAUAUUUAUAACCGUAGGGCUGGGGGCCAGGGGCCAAAGCCUUAGAAAAAAACUGUGUCCCAAUUAGCAUAACAGGGAUAAGAGAGGCAAAAAGGAUCAUCUCUGUUGGAGACACAGCCAUAGUACAUCUAGAUGUAAAAAUGAGGCUGAAAAGAAACUAGAUCUGCUUGUGUUUCAAACUCUUGGUGGUCUUGCAAAUAGCUGUGGAGCCUGCAGAAUAGGUGUAAUUUUCUCUUUUUGCAUAUUUUGAGCGAACAGAGAUGAGCACAAGGCUUGUACUUUGCGCUUACCUCAUGCUUGCCUCUGUUUACCUCAAAUAUGCUAAAACAAUUUUUGCCUGUUCUGCAGAUUAAUGGCUAUGUAGCAAUUUAGCCAACAGAGUUCAUAAUAUGUCUGUAAAGGAUGAAUACUCCACAGUUCAAUUAUAUUUUUUCCAUGUAUGUUCUGGUAUGAGAUCAUCCUUCACAGUGCUAUUGAGAACUCAUCCAGUCACCACCUACAGGAAAGUUUUAUACCAAAGUUGGUUUUAUUAAUCAAUGUAACUGUUUACCUUUGAUUAACAGGUUAAAAGGAAAAUAACUAAAGAACAGUACAUCACAAUGAACAAAGGAAUCAAUGAUAGCAAGGACCUACCACAAGAAUAUCUGGAGUCAAUUUUUGAUGAGAUAUCUCAGAAUGAAAUAAAAAUGAGAAAUGCACCCAAGACUGUCAAUAAAUAUAGCACCAUCUGUAAGUAAUACUCCUCUUUGAUUUACAAGGAAUAAGUAGUUAAGAUUUAUAAGAGAGAGUGCCAAAUUUACUCGAUUGAUCAUCAACAUAUAUGUGUAGAUUUAAAUUGUUUUUAUGCUUGUCAGGUUUGGACUUAAUCAAUCAAUGUCAAUGAUUAGUCCCUGGCCCGUAUCAAGGGUUUGCUAAUACCUUUUUAACUGUCAUAAAUUGUUGUUACUUAGAUCUUCAAAACGAAAAGCAAAGACGACUUUUGUACUAUCAAGAAAUGGAACAAAUGGCUCAAACAGCCAAGAUUCUGAUUGAAGGAGUCAGUCAAAUUCAAACAACAUUCACAUCUGCAACUCAUGUAGAACACAUUAGACCAAUGUUCAAGGUAUGUGCAAGGCUCCACAUUCGUUAAACUUAAUUCUGUGUUGUCUCUCACUUUUGAUAGAUAUUUGAGAACUUUCAUUGUAUUAGUACAAUGUAUAUAUGUUUAUGAGUAGGCUUUUGCUACACUCUCUUUUAUAGGUUACUUGGAGUCCUUUCUUAGCAGCCUUUAGCGUGAACUUGCAGCAUUCCGAUGACCAGCAAGUUGCAUCACUGUGUCUGGAUGGCAUACGCUGUGCAAUCAGGAUUGCAUGCAUAUUUGGAAUGCAGGUAAUUAUUGGUCCAGGUAGUUAGUAUGUUUAGUUUCGUGCACCUGCGUUUUUGAGAUAUUCGUUAGUUUUUGGGAAUUCUCUGAAACUCAUUUGUUCAAAUGUAAAUUUUGCUUAACCCGUUUUAUGGCUCCUCAUGUCUGUUUGAAAUUUCAAAUAUUUACUAUAUUUUUCAAAUUACAGCUUGAACGAGACAGUUUUGUCCAGGCUCUGUCACGGUUCACACUGCUCACGGCAACAGCUGGAUUACAUGAAAUAAAAACAAAGAACAUUGACACAAUCAAGACACUUAUAACUGUGGCACAGACAGAUGGCAACUACCUUGGACGGGCGUGGCAUGAGGUAGACGUAGUGUAUUUAGCUCAAGAUUACACCUCUAGUGCAACCCCACAGGACGAUUUAAUUUCAGUUUUUUGGUCUAAUCACAGAGCGUAGAGAAGUAAAUCAAAUUCAAUUCCAAAGUUAUCUCUAUACCUUACAUAUGUUCCUCAAUUGGAUUUUCAGUGUGAUUUUGUUUCAGCAAUUCUGCCUAAACAGGUUCCAUUAAGAACAAAUCUGAAAAGUGCACCAUACUCACCUGGCUCUAAAACAUUUGUUUACAGAUACUGAAGUGUAUAUCUCAACUGGAGCUGGCUCAAUUGAUUGGAACGGGAGUGAAAACAAUGGGACCAGGCACAGGACCAGGGCAGGGAAGCUCUACUCCUGUGUCAAUACGCUCUACUGGACUUGUUCCCUCAAACGGUUAGCACACGUCUUUAAAUAUCAUUCAACCUCAGAGGGAUGUUGCACUACGAAAAAUCUUCUUACCUUCGUGUUUCCAAGUGCAAAUACUGUGUAUAUCAAUUUUCGUUUUUUUUUUCUUAUAAUUUCAUUGUGCAAUACAUUUACGUCUUUGUUUUUGCAGAUCCUAAGAAAAUCGCGUACAUCCAGGAAACAGUUGGAGAGACAAGUUCGCAGAGUGUUGUUGUUGCAGUGGACAGGUGAUUACCAGUGCACGCUUUCUUAUAUUGCAGAUCCGAUUUUCUUGUUAAUCAUUUUUAAUUUUAUUUAUUUUUCCAAUGGCUGUGUAGAAUAUUCACUGGAUCAACAAAAUUAGAUGGAGAUGCGAUUGGUAAGUGGGAUGUUCUUCAACAAAUGACAUUACGGUUUCUACUUAACUUUUCAAGUUCUUCGUUUUUGAAUGACAACUUAAGGUACUGCUUCCACUGCACCAAGAAAAGCAAACAAAUAAAUAAACUGAAACAAAUAACUUACUUAAAUUUUAGUUAUAACUGGACCACGAUAAAAGAAAAUUACUGUUCAACUUGAGUGCUAAAGAUAUGUCAUGCAGGUCUUUACACUUGCUUUUAAAAGACAGUAAAAACAAUUCUAUAUUUUCUACCUGUUUCGACUGUUCUACGAGUGUGAUUUUAUCAAGUUAGAGAAAUGUAAGGUGUUUACACUUACGGCUACGUGUUUAUUGUCCACAGUCGACUUUGUUCAAGCGUUAGGAACCAUUUCAUCUGAGGAACUCGCGAAUCCAACCCAUCCAAGAAUGUUCAGUUUACAGAAAAUUGUUGAAAUUUCCUAUUACAACAUGAACAGGAUUAGGCUGGAGUGGUCCAGGAUCUGGGCCGUGCUUGGGGAUCAUUUUAACAAGGUUACAAUCAUUACCCAGUGUUGAGUUAAAUUAUGUCUUUUAUCUUUUUCGAUGGGCUGGUUAGGGCGGAAGAUUUGGUUUUAGAAGAUCUGAUUUGAAAGCGAUACGUGACGAAAAACAAUAGCCAUGUUAAUGAGCGUGGUGCACUGUAUUGGGAAAGUUUAAGUUGUACGGAUGACUUAACUUGAAAAUUAUCACCAUCUUGUUUAUGCUUUUGAAUUAUUGCAGCAAUUUUACUGACUGAGAGUGGUGAACUGUAACCAUUUGCGUCUUCCUGGUUGGCUUAUUCUUGGUUAUUACCAAUAAGGAUUUUUAUCUCCUGAGUAGUGCUGGAGUUUAAGGGAGGUUUACCUUUUAACAUUCAAGUUCACUUGUUUUUAUUCCAGUGUGGGUGUAAUCCAAAUGAGGAUGUAGCAUUUUUCUGUGUGGACUCUUUACGGCAACUUGCUAUGAAGUUCUUGGAGAAAGGCGAGUUACCUAACUUCCGGUUUCAGAAGGAUUUCCUCAGACCCUUCGAAUAUAUCGUCAAGAAAAAUAGGUUGGUAUACGAGUCUUCUUAACCUCUCCGUUUUCCAACGACUUACUUUCUUCAUUUAGUGUUUUGCCUUAGUCUGUGCCAUUUCCAAAAACACGUUUAUUAAUUUCUUUUCUAUCAAUCACAGAUCAGCAACUAUACGCGACAUGGUCGUCCGCUGUGUGGCGCAAAUGGUGCACUCGCAGGCUCACAAUAUUAAGUCUGGAUGGAAGAAUGUUUUCUCCGUCUUCCACCUGGCUGCUUCCGAUGAAGAUGAAGGAAUUGUAGAACUUGCUUUUCAAACGACUGGUAUGUUGAUAUUUGCGGGCAUCCUUUGUUGUUGUUUUUGUAACUCUUUGACGUAAUGGGCCACAGGUAAUGGGCAAUCACAAAGUGCAAAUUAUUCGUUUUAGUGUUUCAUAUUCAGCAACAGUUUUCCGUCAGCUUCUCCUAUCUGCUUGCUUCUUUCAGCCACUAUAUUCGAGAAAUACUUUUCCGCCACCAUCGAUUCCUUUCAAGACGCUGUCAAGUGUUUAUCAGAGUUUGCUUGUAAUGCUUCGUUUCCUGACACCAGCAUGGAGGCCAUUAGACUCAUUAGAAACUGCGCUAAACAUGUUUAUGAGAAUCCAGAGGUGAGGCUGACUCUGUUAUUUUGAAAAUUAUUUGCAGUUCGUUUCUUUCUCCAUCCUUAACGUUUCUUAUUGUGUUUCUCUUUCUUAAUGAGCUAAUUUUUUUGUAGUUUCUCUCAACUUAAAGGUAGUUUGCUCAUCACAAGAAUUACUCAAAACAUUAUGAUUCAACCUCUAUAUUUAUGCUAAAGUAGCUCUCCUGAGUCAUUUAUAAUAUUUAACGCUCGCUAAGAUUUCUAUGACGGAAUUGUGUGAUAGGGUUAUAUAAGCUUAUAUUGGCUAGUUGGUAAGCUCUACAGACAAGAUGCAUGCUUUGUAACGCUCAUUAAGACGAUUACUUUGUGUGACAUCGUCCCAGAUGUUCAGAGAACACAGUGGUGAGGAUGGUGGAGUCCCGGAGGCCGAUAAGGUGUGGGUCAAAGGCUGGUUCCCAGUGCUCUUUGAGCUGUCGUGUAUCAUCAACAGAUGUAAGCUGGAUGUACGAACAAGGUUAGUUCCACGUUGACCUUUUUUGCCGCUAAUCUCUGUGAUACUCUUACGGUUUUUACCUUUUCUGACUCCGAGAGAUUGUAUGCAGUUACGUUGCGUUCUCAUUAGUCAGUGUGAUGUUUACUUUUGCUCGAACUAGUCUUUGCUCACUCGUAAUAAACUCUCCCACAUAGAGAUGCCCUUCAAACCCUUCACAUUUCCUUGCAGGGGUUUAACUGUGAUGUUUGAGAUAAUGAAGAGUUAUGGUCACACCUUCCAGCGGCACUGGUGGAGAGAUGAGUUCAGAGUUGUGUUCAGGAUUUUUGAUAACAUGAAGUUACCAGAUCAACAAGUAGACUGGUCGGAGGUAUGCAGACAAAUUCGUUAUCAAGCUCAGUGGGAAUAUUUAUUACCUUUGACGUGGCUUGUGUGCAGACUUUGCACUUACCUAACCUUUUAGAUCAAGGUUAUGAUAUUGUUGGUAUUGCUUCAAUUAGAAAUGAUGCAGAUCAUGAGCUAUUUAUUUGUUGUUAAUACAGAAAUCAGAGUGGAUGACCACAACUUGUAAUCACGCUCUGUACGCUGUAGUUGAUGUGUUUACACAGUACUUUCCGGUGUUGUCUGAUGUUCUUUUGGAGGACAUGUUCUCUCAUCUGCUGUGGUGCGUCCAACAAGGUCAGUUUCAAUUGUCUGCAUUGUUUUCUUAAUUGUAACAUUCAAAGCUGCUCUCAGACUCAUCAAUCCCGCGAAAAUCAGGACAAAUCAAGUGAUACCAAUGAGAAAGAGGAGGUCAACUGUACGUGUUACUUACCAGGUUGUUUUGAUCGGAUAACUGGAUAUUAGUGACGGUCUUUUUGUAUCAGUGAGGGCAAAAGGUCAAUGUCAAGAAAUGAUUCGCUUUUUCAGUUUCACUUGACUUGCCCUUUGUUUUCUUUUUAUGUCUAUAAGAUCUCGAGCCCUUACUUCCUACUUGGAUAUCAGAACAAUCAGAACAAAGGAUUUCCCCCAUCACUUCAUUCUCUCAGAUCUUUCCAUUUAAUGACUAAUCAUAUACUUUGCCCUCUCAGAUAACGAGCAGCUGGCGAGGUCUGGUACCAACUGCCUUGAGAAUCUUGUAGUCUCCAACGGUUCCCAGUUCUCCUCUGAGAUGUGGGAAAGGGCGUGUCGCUGUAUUCAGGAUAUCUUUACCUCCACUGUACCCAGUGAGCUUCUCACAUGGCGACCGGAAGUGCCAGCUGUAGGGGUAUCCACCCCAGAUUCCACACCUGCUCAAAGUCCUACACUGACUCCAGACAAAGGGCAUGCAAGUGACAAUGUAAGAUUCAACCCAGAAAGUAAUAACAUGAUAUAAUGGUAAAACUGCAGAGCAUUGAUAUUGUUCCUUUUAACGACCUCUUUACUUGAAUGCAGUUAUUUAAAAAAUUGCAGAUUUUGUGCUUUUUUUAAGAAAAUUUGAUCACAACUGCUGAACAGAAAAUUAUUUUUAUUUUUUUGAUCGUGUCGUCAGUCGUUUCUGUUUAAUUUUCUCGCCAGAAAUCAGUGGACAUGGAAGUUAACCCGGAGCACGACAUUGUACCUCGCCUAGAAGAAGGUUUGUGUGUCUCCAUUGUAAACUAACUUACUAAUCCAAUCAUAUGUUUAGAGAAACGUUGGCUGAGUUAUUUGCUGAACUCAGAACCUCACAGUUCCUCUACCCACCCAGGAGUUUAAAUGAGCACCAGUUAACUUUGUUAGGGAGUUUUCUUCGAUGGACCAGCGUCCCGUGGAGGAGGAUUAGCAGCACUCUUAGGAACAUAGAAGUCGGGGCAAGCUUCAGUAGUACUUCGCCACUAGGCUCAUGAGACAUAGACAACUUUUUGCGACACGUGGGUCGUCACUACUUCGGAACAAAUCAUAGCAAACAACAUAAAGCAAGUUUACCUGUACUGCGCACCGGAUAAAAUGAACGAGAGAGACUCUGAGUGCUAUUUUUUCUCUUUUGAAUCAUUGGUUUGAUCUUUGUACCUUAGACGAAGAUGAAUGGGGAGUGGACACACUUAAAGACGAGAAGCCUGUUGACACUGCUGAAGAUGCCCUGCAGGCUCAAGAAUCAAGAACCUCGGAAGAGGACACACGUCCUGUAGUUGAGGUGGAGCAUUCAGAUGAAUCUUUCCGCCACUGUGAGUACUGCGUGUUCGUUUAACCAAUUAUAUGCUGAGAACAACUCUCUCCUGUAUGUUGAAACUAAACUGCAAUUUCAUUAGUGUUUUUAAACCAGCUCCGCUAGUCAUGAAAACUCGCGCCAUCAUCUUAAGCCAUCUGUUACGCAAAACAUGAAUUGAUGGCGACUUGGUUACUAGAGUUUUCCCGCGCAUCAGAUAGUUUACCUGCUUGUCUAUUAUUUGAAUUCUUAUGGAAUCGUACUGCUAUUCUCUUAACGUUGGUUUGGUGAUUUGUUUUACCACGCUGCUUAGAAAUCCGCUCUAUGGUUCCUGUUGAAAACGGACCACAAAACGAGCUACGUCUUCCUUCACCUCCGACUAAGCGCAAAAUUUAUCAUUGGUCUUGUUCUAUUUGCUCAAACGAAGUUUUUGACCUUGCGGAUCCUAGCAGUAUGCAGGAAGCUUGAUAGAGAUGAAUCUAAUAAUAGCAUGGCUCAUUAUUAGAGACGUUCUCUGUAGUUUAGUGCCGGGUUAGGGCACUGGUGUGUACAUCUGAAGGUGUAAGGUCUAACAUCUCUUUUUUCACCUUGUUACUUUUUCAGAUGAUACUCCAGAGCAGUUGUUCACAUCGCUGUUGAUUCGUUGUGUUGUCCAACUCGAACUUAUUCAAACUAUUGACAAUAUUGUGUUUUUUCCUGCAACAAGUCGAAGAGAAGACGCUGAAAAUCUAGCUUUUGCUAAGGUGGGGAUUACAGUAAAUAAUAUUUUUUGUUAACAAUGUAUGGAAUUUAGGCUAUUAAUAAUUGUGAGAAGCAGUAACGAUUGCUUGAUUAGCGAGAAAUGGCACAGGGUAAAGUUCCUUCAGUUCAAGUGGGCUGACCCAUGGAAAAAUCGUCCUCACAGUUUUGUCCGACAUGCACACAGUUUUUAAAAUGAUUAAGGAAGCCAAGGAACCUUUUAACUAAGAAACAACAAGAUAAAGAGAAGGCGUUGUUGGGGCAACUAGCAGGAAGAAGUCUGUUCUUUUACCUUUUUUAUAUUUCAUUUUGCCUUGGGUUCUACAUAUAUGGAUCACAGCAAACGUCAAAAUGUGAUCUGAAACUACGCAGAUUCAUGCGAAGUAAAUCUGCUCGAAAAACUUACACCAAUAGAUUUACAGAAUGAUAAUUGUUGUCUUUUGCAGUCUGGGGAUGUGUCCCGUGAGCGUGUUGGUAGUACAACCAGUGCAGUUAGCGAGUCGCCCUUCGGUGAAGGGAUGUACCCAUUUCUUAGUUCCCCUCAGUUGCUGCUCUUUGUUGAUUGUUUAGAACAAUCACACAAGUUUGCCAAGUCCUUCAACGCCAAUAACGAGCAGAGAACCUUUCUUAUGAAGGCCGGUAAGUUCAGGAAAGCCACAUCUGUUUACUGUUCAACCCUCAAACUCCUAUAACUGAUAUAAAUGUACUUUGUCCUUGCACUUUCAAUACACUAUCCAUCAAACAGGUGACGAAAAUAAACACUCAUUAAGCAGAGGGUGUUACGUUACUUUUGUCAACAAACUUCGGGCGCUCUUCGAAAUUCCAGUCUCAUUAGUCUGCACAAGUGUGUUAGUGGCUAAAAUACGCACGACUUCCAUUCCGCGUAGUCUGUAAGUUCCUCGUUUAGACAACGGUUAGUGCAAGCAUUUGUUGGCUGCCAAACCACUCGAACCAGUCUGUAACUCUCACUUAACAUUAACAUCUCUGAAGCAAUUGAGAGGGAAGUGCAUGGUAGCUAGAAGGAAGAAUUACUGCUCUGAUCUUGGGAGCUAAAGAGCGAACUGCAUACAUGUCUCAAUGUAAGUCUUUCCUCUCUAAUCUCAUUUCUGAGUGACAUGUCUUACGAGUGACGAGGACAAUUUUUAUUGGCAGGUUUCAAAGGUAAAUCAAAGCCCAACCUGUUGAAACAGGAGACCUCUAGUUUGGCUUGUAUGCUCAGGAUUCUGUUCAAAAUGUACGCAGACGAAGAAAGAAGAGAUUCCUGGCCAGAAAUUGAAAACCGAUCAGCCAGGUAAGAAAUUCAGUGUGUCUUUGUUUGCCACUAAUUAACAUUGUCUGAAAUCAUGUUAAGUAAAAGUUACAUUUUCUCUGCGGAACGAAGAAAACCAUGGUAGCCUAAACUUUGUAAUUUUGCCACUUAACGGAUGCUAAAUUCGGUGCUCUUUUUUAUUUCUUUGUGUAAGUAGAUGUUAAGUUUUUCAAUUGUUAGUCGCCAGGUUGAAGAAGAGUCUAUUUAUGUGUCAUAUCUAUUUUCUUUCAGAAUAUGUAAAGAUGCGUUGCAGUAUUUUGUUUCGCUGGAAUCCUCCAGUCAUCGUGAUGCUUGGACAUCCCUGCUACUGCUACUAUUGAAUAGGCUUCUCAAGCUUGAUGACAACAGGGUAAGAUACAGCAGAACUUUUCUCUUUAUACAAAACCCAUAGUCAAUGUGAAAUCAAACGGUCUGGUCGCAAGUCCUCCUCUAAUACCUUCUCACUUCAGCUUCUAUUCACGUGCGUGUUCCUUUUGUGGGAGUUAAUAGAAUUAAAAGCAGUUUGACAGGUUUUUUGAAUAGCGGUCACAAAGGUUUCGGACAAAUGGCGUUACAGGCGCCCUCUGUCAUGCUUGUUUAGAAUUCGAAGGGAACAGUAAUACCAACUACCGACGGCUUCAACGAUGCAGCACAGUAAUAUUCUCUAUUUAAAAAUCCUCCUGAUACCUUAAAAGGAAAACAGUCCAUCUAAUUACUAUGAAAGAGAUAAACUGAACCACUAACUACAGCUAUUUUUUUUUUGUUUAUAAUUCCUUGUAUCCAUUUUUGUUGUUUCGUAUUUUGGCAGUUCAAGGUGCAUAUUUCUAAUUAUUAUCAUACCCUGUGCGACAUGCUGUUGGUGGAUAAUAAACUGGAGUUGCGCUCUGUGCUCAGACGAGUGUUUCAGCGAGUGGGUACCACGUUUGGAAGCUUUGCAAAAAGCACCUCAUCAAGCUGACAAGUUUCUUUUUUUGUUUGUUUUUUAGUCCCCUCCUUAGUGAGCCAUCCAUACGUAGAUAUUUAAUUCUGAGUCAUUGUCAAUGAUUGGUUUUAGAAUAACCAUGCAAAUACCUGGGAAACUGUAUCCAUUGUAAUAGGUAAUUUUUAAGAACUGGUUAUUUUUUUUGUCUGUAGACGAAUUUUCGCGCACGAUUUGAGAGUAACUCCGAAUCUCGAGUACUCCAAAUCGAGAGCUUUGUAAGAGGUUUGUCCCAAGUUUUUUGCGAAAUUUGCGCGGCUUGACAGCAGCAAAGUAAGCAUUUAUGAGAGCGGGUACUACAUGUAUGUGAGUAUGCAACUAUAUAGGAAGGAAAGAGGAAAAGCAACCAAUGAUCAAACCUGUCGUGUACCUGUCACAAUGUGUUUUACUAACGGUGAUUCAUAGGUGAUGUAGACACUCAAGUUUUUAAAGGUGAAUGUGGGAAUUACUGUCAAGCGAUAUUUAAUGUUGGUAGAUAUACAAAAGAAUUCUUCUUACCUAGAUCGUAACUUAGCGAAUUUCGAAUUUUCUUUAGUGGAAAUUAACACCUACUAGAUUUGCAGCUGUUAAUUUUUUGUCGUUUGAUCUCCGAUCAUUUUUUGUUUGUGGUUUUUGAUGAAUAUCUCAGCAACAGUUCAUCUUUAAGGUGGAAUUUUGUGACUUGGCAUUUUCGUUUUGUAUGAUAAUUUCAGAUUCUCAUUAAUAGAGUAAUGACAGAAGUGAAAAUGUGAAGCUCUAAACAGUUAAAUGACUUGUAAAGGAAGUGAAAUGAAGAGAAACUGAAAUGACAAAUUUCGUAAUAAAAGAAAAUAUUAU